AGUGACGUCACGUCGUGUUGUGCGGUUAUGCGCCUGUGAACUUCCGCCAUUGGGAGAACCCGCGUACGCGACGAGAGCGAUUUUUUUCUGGUCACGGUGUUCGGUCGGAAAUAUGUGACGGAGGGUCCGGCGGAGUGGACCGGCUCGUGUUCUCGUGCGCACUUCCUGCGGUAAAAACGGACGGUCGUCGUCUUCCCCCUCGUCACCGGCGGUGCUGCGUGUGUGCGCGCGCGCGCGCGCGUGUGUGCGUUGAGAGAGUGCAUGUGUGUGUGAGAGAGUGCGUGCGGUUGUCCUCCUCUGCGGGGCCCCUUUGCGCCGUCCCGAGAGAGCGAAAACGUUUUGUUGCAAACCCACGCUCUCGACUUUUGCGUUUCGGCGGGCACCGGGCGUUAAAAAGAAAAAGAAAAAAAAAAAAAUAGUCGCGCGUGCGAACGCUCCGCUCUCUUGUUGUGUGUGUGUGUUGUUCCUCGUGCGUGCGAGAUGGUCGGCAAUGGUGAUAUGCAAUGGUGUUUCUCGCAAGUAAAGGGGACUUUAGAGGAUGAUGUCACAGAAGCUGAUAUAAUUUCGUGCGUUGAAUUUAACCACGAUGGCGAUCUGCUCGCAACAGGGGACAAGGGUGGACGUGUUGUUAUUUUUCAGGGAGACCCCAAUAGUAAAAAUAGUAUACCACGAAGAGGCGAAUACAACGUGUAUAGCACCUUCCAGAGCCAUGAGCCCGAGUUCGAUUACCUUAAGUCCCUCGAGAUAGAAGAAAAAAUUAAUAAAAUUAGAUGGCUAAAGAGAAAAAACCCUGCCCACUUUUUACUCUCCACGAACGAUAAAACGAUCAAGUUGUGGAAAGUUAGCGAAAGAGAUAAAAAGGUUGAAGGAUAUAACACGAAGGAGGAAAAUGGCGCGAUUCGCGAUCCUGCCUGCAUUACUAGCUUGAGGGUGCCAACCAUAAAGCCAAUGGAAUUGAUGGUAGAGGCAUCACCAAGAAGAAUAUUUGCCAAUGCGCACACCUAUCAUAUAAACAGUAUAAGUGUCAACAGUGAUCAAGAGACAUACCUCAGUGCGGAUGAUCUUAGGAUUAACCUUUGGCAUCUCGAGAUAACUGAUCAGAGUUUUAAUAUAGUAGAUAUUAAGCCAACCAAUAUGGAAGAAUUAACGGAGGUCAUAACUGCGGCAGAAUUUCAUCCUGCGGAAUGCAACGUGUUGGUAUACAGCAGUAGCAAGGGAACCAUUAGACUUUGUGAUAUGAGAUCCGCUGCUCUUUGCGAUCAGCAUAGCAAACUCUUCGAGGAACCCGAGGAUCCGACUAAUAGAAGUUUUUUCUCCGAAAUCAUUUCGAGUAUAAGUGAUGUGAAGCUUAGUAAUUCCGGGAGAUACAUGAUCAGUAGGGACUACCUCAGUGUGAAAGUGUGGGACUUGCAAAUGGAGACAAAACCAAUCGAAUGUUAUCCCGUACACGAAUACUUAAGAUCAAAAUUAUGUUCAUUGUAUGAAAACGACUGCAUCUUUGACAAAUUCGAGUGUUGUUGGAGCGGUAACGAUUCUGCUAUUAUGACGGGUUCAUAUAACAAUUUCUUCAGAGUAUUCGAUCGUACGACCAAACGUGAUCUUACCUUAGAAGCAGCGCGCGACAUUGCCAAACCAAAAACUCUCCUGAAGCCAAGAAAGGUAUGCACCGGUGGUAAACGCAAGAAGGAUGAGAUUAGCGUCGACUGUCUUGAUUUCAAUAAGAAAAUACUUCACACCGCGUGGCAUCCAUCUGAAAACGUAGUGGCUGUUGCCGCUACGAAUAAUCUCUUCCUAUUCCAAGACAAACUCUAGCACAUCUGUAUGCAAAUUAUACAACGGUAUAUACUGACGUGAGCUAGGCACGUUGAACUGAAAGCUCCCAGUGGAACCACGGGUAUCCGAAUAAAUACUAACGGUGGUCGACUGCUGGGAUCUGUCAGCGGUCGACUUGACCGAGGAGUGGUGUACGUAGCGCCGUCCACGCAGCUCACACACACGUUCAUACAUGCUGUAUACACACACAGACAUACGGAGUUUGCACCCCAUAAUUUGUCACGCGCAUAUAUGAUGUAUAUAUUAAAAAACAAAAAACAAAAAAAAACAAAAAAAAAAAACUAAAAACGAUUACGCAAAACAUGGAACACACGCAUAACUCUUUCCAAGCUACCAAGUUCGCUGAUUCAAGUAUAUCCGCAGAUAUGAAAAAAAAAAAGAAAGAAAGAAAGAAAAAACACGGCAGAAUGUGAUUCAGCCGAAUUUUUGCAGAGACUCGUGUUGGCAGUUAACGACAUAUGGUUUAUAAAACGAUUCAGUAACGCGUUCGUUCUGUAUUAUAUAAUAGAUAUUGCCGUGUCAUUGCGCACUCUACGUACGUGACACACGUUCACCACGUAGCGGCGCGAUGAUUUUUGAUUAUCGUGAGACGGGCGACAAUAUGAAAAUAAAUUGCGAGCUGUGAGGAUAAAUUUACGAGCUACAAUUCAUGUACAAUCAAUUUAUAAACGACGUACGAGUAAACGUAUAUAAGUGUUAAGUUGCUUUCCUUAAUUAACAUGCCUAACUAGCGCAAAAAAAAAAAACAGAGAGGUCGGCCGUGCCAACGAGAGAGAGAAAGAGAGAUUAAUCUGUAAUUAAUAUUAUAAUAGUGUAAUUUUAUAUUCCACACACACACACACACACGCAAACACAUACACGAUUUUCAGUUGUAAUUGUAAACGAUGAGAAAAGAUGACGUUUGAAAGAAACAAAAACCGAUGUUUAAAACAUAGUUUUACUCAUAGAGACUCAAGAUAUAAAUGACAAUUAUUAUUAUUAUAUCGAAUUUCGGUAAAUAUAUUAGUAUCUUUCAUGUACGUCUAAAUUGUCUACUAUUUAUAUACUUUUAAAUAUUGUACACGUUAAAAUAAUCGUAGGCCUAUUUUCUCGUUAGCUCAUUCUAUUCUUGAGAAACAAAAAAAAAAAAAAAAGAAAACUUACAAUUGUUUAAAUCGAUUGUCAAAAGUCAGUCGCCAAUACGAGUCCAACGGAAAGUGACGUGUGUCUCUCUUUCCACAGAUGAUGUAUCCCAGAUGAGAGAAAAAAAAAACCAAAAUGUGUUGCUGCAUUGAAUAUUACAUUAUCGAGCAAUAAGCGGCGCCGAUUUAAAAAAAAAAAAACGUGUACAUCGCGCGAUUGUUAUUUUCUAAAACAACAAACGCUCCUCGAUCGCGAGAUGAUAAUCGAGCGCGCAUUAGAUGGAAAUUAUAAAUUUUCUAUACGUAAUCUUUCUUAUUAAAUAAUUCAUCGACACACACAUUCUUGUACUAUCUCCUUAUACAGAUAUAAGCAGCAAUUUCAUAUACGGACGAGAAGAGGAGGAAGAAAAUAAAUAAACGUAAACAAACCUAAAAGUGCAUUUUGACGAUGGUAAAGCUGGGCUUGCAAAGUUUAUAUAUAUAUAAAAUAAAAAUAAUAUUUGCUAACUAAUAUACACACCGGCAUAAUACUGUAAGUUUGAUAAAUAUCCGAAUAAUCGCGAAGUAAUUUCUAUUAAAAACUCACGCGCAAGUUUAUAAUCCCCCGAACGUGUACUCGCCGUUUUUGUUUACCAGCAAAAAUCGGUCGUAUAUAUUUUGAAAAUUUAUCGAUAAGAGAAAGAAAAUACGCAAUACACACAACACACACACACACACAGUAAACGCAACAAAAAUUUUUCGGUGAAAGUAACACACAAAAGUUUGGUGUCUCGAGUGUUUUCGAAUUCGCGCGCGUGAGUUUUCAAUACGAAUUGCGAUCUAGCAUAAAUCUAUUUCUAAAAAUAAUGUAAAAAAAAAAAAAAAAAAGAAAACAGCUUCGCGCGUGAUAAAAAAAAUGAAGUUAUAGAUUUAUAUAGUAACGAAAUUGAAACAAGGAAGAGAUCUAUGCACACGAAGUACGUAAUUUUCUAUGAUAUAAAAAAAAUAACGCAGAGGCUUCUUUGUUAAAAAAAAAAAAAAAAGAAAGAAAAAACUACCAAAAUAACCGCUUCGAAAUAAUCACCGAUUUGUAAGAGAUGUGAACGAAGCUUCGAAUCGAUAUGAGUUUGAUGUACAAAAAUAAAAUAUUUCUCCAAUAUUAGGUGAAUAAUUUUCAGGUGCUUUUGAUUUUUUUUUUUUAUACAAACACACGCAGAUAUGUAGUUUUUUUUUUUUUUUUUUAAUAAAAAAGGAUGUGCGGAUAAAAAACCGACUUACAUCGAUUUACGAUUAAAUUAGCAGAUUAUAUAUUCUUGAACGAUUUGUUUCGUGUAACUCGCUCUUGUAAUUACGAUAAUUUAAACAUUGAAUACAUGGAAAUUAUAGAUGUGUUUUUUAAAUUGUA